AUGGACGCACGAUCACGCAUAAGUGCACCUUAUACGGAAGGAACAGCGGAAUAUGUUCGAAAUGGUGGCCGAUAUGCUUUAGCGACGGCUGUUCUUGAUAGUAUCGUACUUGUAUUUGCGAUUAUCAUCGCAUUUCUUCUUCGAGCAUCGGACAUAUUUCCUGUUCGACAACAACGAUUCCUUUGUGAUGAUGCUCGUUAUUUGCAAUCUUAUGAAGAUGCCAACACCGAACGGAAUUAUAUCAUUCUUUCGAAUCUUACUCUCUAUAUCUUAUGUUUAGCAACUCCCAUCGUCAUCAUUUCCACCAUUGAAUUGAUUCGUUCAUUUGUCACAUAUCAUUCCUAUCGGGCUCGUUUUGCUAUUCGUUUUAAGGAAUGUUUGAUGCGAUCAUUAGCUCGUAUUCUGAAAUAUACUUCGGUAUUUAUAUUUGGUGCACUAGCAACCACUGUUCUCACGGAUAUUCUGAAGAUUAUGUCUGGACGUUUGAGACCUUACUUUUUAACUCUAUGCAACCUUGAUCAGAAAUCAUGCAAUGGAAUGGGUUUAAAUGAUGCUGAAGUUGUAUGUCUAUCGAAGAAUUUAACUGGAUUGUCGCGCGAAGCUAGACUUUCUUUUCCAUCACUUCACGCUUCGCUGUCCAUGUACAGUGCGAUGUUUCUUGCAAUUUAUCUUCACCGUGGCAUACGUAUUGAACGUGUUCGAAUUGUCAAACCAUUUCUUGUUUUAUCGAUAAUUACCCUCUCAGUGGUUGCCGGUGGCGUUCGGUUGGCUAGUAAUAAAAAUCAUUGGGAAGACGUGGCAUUCGGCUUUGGAUUGGGAGCGAUCAUGGCUUUUUAUUUGAUGAAAACUCUUCGAUCAUCGAAACCGUAUUUCAGUUCGCCACUGGGCAAAGCAGCAAACUAUGAUGAUUAUCAAAGUUAUAUUGAAGAUCAUACACAAUUCAAUAAGGAGAUGGAUGCAACAUAUGCUCCUGGCAUGGAUGCUGUUUAUCAAAUAACAGGUCAUAGUCUCAGCGGUCCCGAACAAUUUUCUUUACAACCAAGUGCAUCCCAAGGUCAUAUAGCUGGUGGUUUUGCUCGACAUCGAUAUGACCUUCGAACACAGCAACAACAAGCCGCUGCUGGAUUCGCUGCACAACCGAUUUCAAUGGACAAGACCGGAACGGCUGUUGGUCGAGGCGAAGCAACGAGUGGAGUUGUUCAACAGCUCGUUCAUCAGAUUCAACAUCAACCGCAUACAUCGACAAGCAGCCAACGUGCAAGUACAUCAAUGAGUGCACUUAGAUAA